AAUGUUAUAUUUAGGUCUGUAAAUGUUGUAACUAGUCAUAGUCCACUAUUUAAUUCUUCCAAAAGGUAACUUUCUUGUGAAGUAAUGAAAUGUAUGUCCAAGCCAAAAAUUAAUUCACUAGAUUUACAUGUUUGGCCAAAUCUGAAAUACAUAUAGUCACCGGUUUAGUUUGGGGCUCAGUCUAAAACACUCGGUUACCAAAAACAAACUGAAAUAAUUUUAGGUCACCUCUCCUGAACUGUUUUUCUUUUUGGGGUCCAGGUCACUGAGUUGAUUCUUCCUUGGAUAUAUCUUACAGGUGACCUGUUUUUUUUAGUCUUCGCUACAUGAUAUAUAUUACUCGUGGAAUGAGUUUUGUUUUGAGAACUUUUUUUUCAAAGAAUAUCAUCCCACUUGGAACGAGAGAGCUUAGAUUAUUCGACCCAAAAUGUGAACAUAGUUAGGGUUCGUGCUUCGUACUCACUUUUGACUAAUGAAGUUGAGAUUUAAAAAAAAACAAAUAUCAAACCAGCUUUCAUGCUAUUAGUACAAUUAAUCAAAAACAUAUUCAAAAGUGUUCAUGUAUGAUAUCAUCUAUUAUCAAUUUUAAAUUCAUUUCAAAGAACAUAAGAUCUUCAAGCUCUUCUGAGAAGUUAGAAAUUAAAUGAAAUAUGUAUCCUUUUUGCUAGCUUCUCAAAUUAUAUAGUUGGAAAAGAUACGAUAUUUUUUGUAUACUAAUAAAAACUCUUCUUCCGUUUUGAAAAAAUGGUUUAAUCAGAGAAACACAAAAUCAAGACAAAUAAACCCGGUUGACAUGGAACUUAAUUACAGAUGAAAGACAAAAUCAAGACAAAUAAACCCGGUUGACAUGGAACUUAAUUACAGAUGAAAGGUCAGUUUCACUCUGUUAACAACAUGUGAUGUCAUUUUCAAAGAUCUAGCACAUCGAGGUUAAAGAUACCAAAUAAUAGAAUACUAACUAACUCCACCAAACACAAUUACUAAUUUAUUGUUCACCAAUCAAUGUCUCCAAUAUUUUUCUCGUGUUACUUCUUCCUUUCUGAGCAACAUUAUGUUUCCUUUUUCUAUUUGUUACCUUUCGGAUUGUUAUUGUCAAAGAUAUUUACGUAACGAUACACAGUUUUGACUGUUCAAAAUCAAGUAGUAUUUAAUUCUUUUAAGAUAAAGUUAUCACAAAAUGCAAAUUUAUUGAAAACUAGGGGUUGGUCCGCCCUACGGGCGGGAAUAAUUACUUUGCAUUUAUAUUUUUGUAAAAUUUGGUGCAACUUGAUUUGUAAAAUAUCAGUUUUCAUUUUGUCACCAGAUUGUUCCAUAUAACUAUUUUAUUUAUUUGGGAGUUAUGUGUGAUGUAAUGAACCGUGAUAUUUAGAAUUUAUUUUGCAAGUGUAUUUAGCUUUUGAUGCAAGUUGGAGAACAAAUGAUUUAUGAUUUUUAUUUUGGUGUGUUUUUUUGUACAUAGUCUUUGUGAAGAUGUAUUGCUAUAUUUUCAGUUCGUAAGUGAUGAAGGAGAUUUUCUCAAAAAAAAAAGGAAGUGAUGAAGGAGUUGUUCAAAGCACUUAAGUAAAAAUGUGGAACAUAUGAAAAUUUAUGUUGGUUGCUUGAUCCAUAAAUUUAAAAAUGUUGCCAAUAUGUGCAUUGAAGUGAUGGUUUAAGUGUAGAAGAAACCAACAUGUUCCGUGGAUUUGGUGUGAAGUUUGAAUUCAUAUUAUCUUUAUUCUAUAGUUGAUUCUUCUUUUUUUCUAUUUUUCUUCUACAUAACAUUAAAACACCAAACUUAUUGAGGUUGUAAAGGCCAUAAGGGUUUUUGUAAUGGAAAAUUGCAUAAUCCUUUCUAUGUAUUGUUCCUUUACAUUGUCAACCACUUGCCACCGUUGACCAUUUUUCAUUACAUUGUAGUACAUACUUCUUGUUUAAAGUGGAUCUUUUGAGAAUAAUAUGAAUUAGGUUUAUGUAGAAUGUGGUUUCAGUGGCAGCUUUAGUUUCAAUGUCGGUUACUUUCAACAGAGCUCCAGCGGUUGGGGUUUGGAAACUCCUUGCAUGUCUCAUCUCAGUAGUAUGUACUAUUGAUUAUAUAGUGGAACAAAUAAUGAAAGUUGUAAUAGAAAAAAAAAUGAAUGUUAAUGUUAUUUUGAUUUAAAAAUGAACUAAAUCUUUAAACAUGUUAAUAUUAUUUCGUUUAUUUGCUUACACGUUUUUAGGGUGAUUGAACUCUAGUUUUGCAUAAAGAUACAUUAUGAAUGUUAGGAAGAAAGAAAUCAUAAUUUUUAAUUAUGUUCUUUUUGCAUAAACACGAUAAUAAUGAUUGACUUGCCUUUUUUUCUUGUUAAUGAUGAUGCUUGGUGGUCUAUCCAUUGUAUAAACAUAACAAUUUUUAAAAAAUAUAUAUUGAAAGAACAAACUUAUUUCGUUAGAUAACGCUAUUUCAUUUAUAUAUCUUAACAUAAAAGCAAGUGAUAAAAUUAAAAAGUGAAAAUCUUACGCGCCAACAAAUUGUUUUCUCCACUUUGUAAUUGAUCUAUUUUCUUACACCAAAAUUGUAUGGCUGGCUAUCCUCUGUUAUAAGAAAAAAGAAAAGAAAUCAAAUAUGAAUAUCAUAUUACAUCAUCGGAUCUUUUUGUUGAUAACUUUAAAUAGUCAACAGUCUCGUACCAAUUAAUUCGUUUAUUCCAAAGUGUUUCUUAAAAGAAUACGCUUAUACAACCUUAAUAAUGAUUUAAAAUACUAACUGUAUUGUUUUAGUGACCUCGCACCAACACAUAAACUACAUUUAUUCUAUAAUACUUUGUAUCUUUUGCUGAAAGAGGUUGGACCUUUGAGUUUUGUAUGUCAUAUUGAACAAAAUGGGACAUAAGAAUUGUCAACAGAAGAUAAAAUAAAAAGCAAGUCUAUGGAUUCAAAAUACUUUUGUGUACGUGACAUCUCAAACUGAAGUUGAUUCCUUUCUUCCACGUUUUUUCAAAAUCAUUCAGCUUUUCCUCACAAGUCUCAGUUUCGUUCUACACUUAACCAAGGGCACAAAAAGAGAAGAGAAGCUAAAUCAGAGAGUCCUAUUCUCAUAUCUCAAAUCAGUUUCAGCUUCUGUGUCUGCAGCACCAGUAUCAACAACAACAACAGCUACGAAUUAUUAUAAAGUGCGUUAGUGUUGGCGAUGGAGCUGUGGGCAAAACUUUUCUUCUUAUCUCCUACACCAGCAAUUCUUUUCCCACUGUAUCCAUCUCUCUUGGACUGUCUUUUACUGGCUUUUGUAAGGAGGUUGUGUGAGUGAUGAAAUUCUUGGUAUAGACAUGACUAUUUAUAGAAUCAAAUUAGAGAAAGUCGAAAGAGCAAGAGUUGGAAAAUUAUUGUCACGUAAUGGGAGGUGGGUCUUGGAUCGUAAAUGUAAAACUAAGUUACAAAGAAGGAUUGAUGAGUGGCCAGUUUCCUAAGUUUGUGGUUGCUAGGGUAAGCGAAGAGACAGAGUUGGUUUCAAAAAGAUUCCUCAGUCAAACGACACCAUCCAUAAAGAACCACUGCUUGCAAAUACAUUGAACGGUCGAGGUUGAGCUUGCUGACGUGUGGCAGUUUGCCCUCUCUUACCCGAUGAUGUGGCUCAAGGAGGAGAGAGAUUAGUCUACUUUAUUGUAUAAGACAUGCUGAACUGGUUUUUUUUCAUUGUUUCUUGUAAUUCGAUAGAUAUCGUUAACCGAAAUCUAGACUCAUCGUGCGUGUAAUAUAACAACCAUGCGUGGUUUGCAUAAACCAAAGAGAAACAUCGAAAUAAUUAAAGAAUAAUUUCAACACAACAUGAUUAAAUUACUAGAACUAUACCAUUACUAAAGAUCGCUAUAUAUAUGCAUUCUUUAUAAUUUGUAGAAUGAUGUUUGCUGAGAAGAAAAAAUAUUAUGUUCUCUUUUGCAUAUAAAUGUAAACAAACACAUUUUGGUUUUGAAAAAUAAUGCUUUUGAUAAGUUCUCAAGUGUGCUCUAAUAAAUUCAUUCAAAAGUAUUCAUGAAAAGCAAUAUAUUUCUGAUAAAAUCUCCAGUAUUCUCUAAUAAAUGAGUCCAUACAGCAUUACAAAAAAGGAGUCCUACAAAAAACUCAUAUAAAAUUGCAUUAGAUGAUAUUAUAUAUGCACUAAAAAUUUAGAGUCGCUUUUGCUAAAAAUAAAAGGAAACUCUUUACAACGUAACAUAUACGUGUGUGGAAACACUGUAGUCUAAUGGUUAAGGUUUAAAGGCUUCUACACCUAGAUCUGAGGUUCGAAUCUUGGAUUAUACAAUUUAUUGCAAAAUACAGAAAAUCCAAGUUUCAAGCCCCGAAAAGAGCGAUUUAUUACUGCAGACUACGGAAGAAAAAUUUUCAAAAGAUCUUCAACAUGAUGCAAGUAAAUCCAGUCAGGCGUGGAUCUUUAUAGGAUGACUCAGGUGAUGCAGUUAGGUAUAAAUUUUUAUAAAACAGUUAAUAUUAUCGGUUAUUAAAUCGUCUAUGUAAUAUUUUUCAUAAUUAUAAUUUCAUCAUAAAUCAGCGUAAAAAAAACAUAACAUAUACGUGUAGAACUAGCUAGAAUCGGUUAAGAAAAGGUAUUGUUGAUAACUUGAUAAGACAGGAAUAUAGCGUUUAAAAACAAGUGGUUUAAUAGGCAGUUAGACAAAUCAUUUUGUUUACCUCAAAUUUUUUUUUUGGUAAAACCUCAAAACUUUUUUUUCUUUUGAACGUUAGCAAAAAACAAUAAUCAUUUUUUACUUAAGCUUGAAGACAAUUUUUUGGUUUUUAAUUUAAUAACACAAUUUUUUUUGGUUAUAAUAAUAAUAUAACACUUUUAACGCACUAUUCUUACGGUUGAAUUAUAACUCAUUGUAAUUUCUUAAUAUAUAUUUCUUUUAUGUAACAUGAUAUAAAUGGGAAUGUUUCUCUAACUUUUACCCAAAUACUUAUUUGUAUUGAGAACUGUAUAACAUUCGCAUCUAUGUAUCAUGAUAUAAAACUAACUUACAAUAUACAAAAUAAGUCAAACGAGUAGAUAAAGAACACGAUUCCUAUUUUCUUUACUAUUGAUAUUUCGAUGCAAUCUAGCUGUGACCCAGCCCCUCCUUGUUUCAGAUUUUGAACUGAACUUCUAAAACUAUAAACUUCUCAACAAACAUAACCUUAAACUCUAUCUUUAACCUAUAUACUCUAUUAAUUAGAUAAAAAGAAUGUCAAAGACUUCUUCUAUCACAAAAUUUUGAAAUGACAAAAAGUGUAUAAAAAUAUAGUAUGUCUUGGAAACAGCUUAAUUCUUCUUUGUUUAGGUAUUAUAUUGUUGGAUGUAGGUGACCAUAUAAGGAUAAAAAAGUACUACGUACUUCCAAAUUCUAUUUAUACGCGGCUUCCUUCUUUAUUUUGUAGGAUCAAUAUUACUUGAAAAAACAUUUUAAUUUGCAGCGAUGUUAUUCAAAAGCAAAAUGUUUGAGUGCAUGCAGGUAAUAUUGCGUAAGCCUGAUAAGUUUGAUCUUUAGAUAAAGUUCACAACAUUGCAUACUCAGAUUUUGUUGGCAACCUAUUGUACACAUCUCCAAAUAUAACGAUCCAUUUAAUAGGCUCCAAAACAUAAAUAUUUUAAUAUAAUGCGUUUAUAUUAUGUUCAUAGCAAUUAUGGUAUAUUACACCCAAAGUCAACAGAAAAAGCGUGUUAAGCAAGAAUUCAAGAGACGUAAUCACCUUUCCAAUUUUUCUUAACUCGGUCAUUUUUUUUUCUAGGGCCCAGUGGGUGCAACUACUCUCCUAGUGUUGAACCAAGUUUUGGCCUUCGAUUAAAAAUCAAAACCAAAUUCUCCAACCGCAUAACAACAUUUUUAAAACAUAAAUUCAAUUAACCUACAAAAAAUUACAAUAAACGUCCAAAAAGUUUAAAAAUGUAUUGCAUUUGUCUCCCUAUAUAACUCCAUUCUGAUUCCCAUCACAACGUACAUAUUCUCUCUUCUUUCAUACACUUCAUAUAUCUAAACCACUGGGUGUAACAGAAGUUUAUAAGACUCUCAUCAAUGGAGAUCAUCAAGAGCUUCUUCUGUUUCAUAUCUUUCGCGGUCCUUCUUCUCUUCACUUCCAUGGCAGAAGCCAACAGAGCACACCACCACGAGUUCAUCAUACAAGCAACGAAGGUGAAGAGACUAUGUGAAACGCACAACAGCAUUACGGUGAACGGAAUGUUUCCCGGUCCACAACUUGUAAUCAAUAACGGUGACACUCUCGUUGUCAAAGUUAUUAACCGGGCUCGGUACAACGUCACAAUCCACUGGCACGGUGUGAGACAAAUGAGAACCGGUUGGGCUGACGGACCGGAAUUUGUGACUCAAUGUCCAAUCAGACCGGGAUCAAGCUACACGUACCGGUUUACAAUUCAAGGACAAGAGGGUACGCUUUGGUGGCAUGCUCAUAGUUCGUGGCUUAGAGCCACUGUCUACGGUUCACUUCUUAUCCUACCUCCGGCUGGUUCGUCUUACCCAUUCCCAAACCCUCACCGCAACGUCCCACUCCUUCUAGGUGAAUGGUGGGACGGUAAUCCGGUUGAUGUGUUGAGAGAAGCUAUACGAACCGGAGCUGCUCCAAAUAUCUCAGACGCUUACACCAUCAAUGGUCAACCUGGUGAUCUCUAUAAAUGCUCUUCUCAAGAUACCACAAUAGUACCCAUAAAUGUUGGUGAGACCAUACUACUACGUGUAAUAAACGCCGCACUAAACCAACCGCUAUUUUUCACGGUGGCUAACCACAAGUUCACCGUAGUCGGAGCUGACGCGUCUUACCUAAAACCCUUCACCACCAACGCCAUUGUUCUCGGCCCUGGCCAAACCACCGACGUCCUCAUAACCGGAGACCAACCACCAAACCACUAUUACAUGGCCGCAAGAGCUUACCAAAGCGCUCAAAAUGCACCGUUUGGCAACACAACCACAACCGCAAUCCUCCAAUACAAAUCCGCACCUUGCUGCGGCGGCGCUAAACCCAUCAUGCCUCUCCUUCCAGCCUACAACGACACAAACACAGCCACUCGCUUCAGCCAAAGCUUCAGAUCACUUAAACGUGCCGAGGUUCCGACAGAACUCGACGAGAAUCUCUUUAUAACCAUCGGACUUGGUCUCAACAACUGUCCUAAGAAUUUUAGGUCAAGAAGAUGUCAAGGUCCUAAUGGCACACGCUUCACUGCAUCUAUGAACAAUGUUUCGUUUGCUCUACCUAGUAACUACUCUCUCCUUCAAGCUCACCACCAUGCUAUUCCCGGAGUCUUCACAACCGAUUUUCCGGCGAGGCCUCCGGUGAAAUUUGAUUACACCGGUAGCAACAUAAGUCGAUCUUUAUACCAACCUGUGAGAGGUACUAAGCUAUACAAGCUCAAGUAUGGAUCUAGGGUUCAGAUUGUUCUUCAAGACACUGGUAUAGUAACCCCCGAGAACCAUCCCAUUCAUCUGCACGGAUAUGAUUUCUACAUUGUCGCCGAGGGUUUCGGUAACUUCAACCCCAAGAAAGAUACCGCGAAAUUCAAUCUUGAAAAUCCACCUCUUAGAAACACUGUUGGUGUACCUGUUAAUGGCUGGGCCGUCAUCAGAUUCGUGGCAGAUAACCCUGGGGUUUGGAUAAUGCAUUGUCAUCUAGAUGCACAUAUAUCUUGGGGACUAGCCAUGGCUUUCUUGGUUGAGAACGGGAAUGGACUAUUAGAGACAAUGGAAGAGCCUCCGGCUGAUUUGCCAGUAUGUUAGGAGCUCAAGCUUCCCUUUGUAACAGAAACACACACAUGAUAGUUUUCAUUUCAUUUUCAAUUGUUUUUCCUUUUUUUGGUUAUAGAUACACUUGGUCUACUUUUGAGUAGCUUUAUUUUUCUCGAUUAUUGAUGUAUUCUUUGAGAUUAUAGUACCAAUCAGUGCCAAGAGUAUCAUCACGAAAGUUGAUUUUUCGUUUCUUGUCUUUAUGGUUAAUUGAAUCAUUCAUUCAAUUC